AUGGACCAUGCCGAUACUUCGCCUUCGGAUUCGGAGGAAUCCUCCGAAGAUGAUGGUGCUUAGCGCAGAAUCAAAUAAGCGGGCAUUUUUGGUAGUAUGCGAAUAUAGCCUAAUUGGCCCAUUUUUGAUGGUUUGGCAACCACGCAACCUUUUUGAGUUCGCAGUUCAGAAUAAAUUACACAUCUCAACAGAUGGUCAUCUAUGUGGGGAGGGGGGGUCGGUGAUUGAAGUACGUAAUAGGAUGUUAUGAUUUUUUCCGAAUAUGUCAACGCGGAUAAGCUCUUUACCCCCGUUUGCGUUAUGGGCAAAUCUCAACGUGCUGCCGUUGGAGGGUCACAGGAUCCGGCAGUCUCUCCCGCAAGACGUUUUACCCGGGCAUCCGCACGUAACAGCCCCCUAGAGGCAACUCAUCCCGCAAGCAGGAAUCCAUCGCCCAUCCGCAAUCCCACAAAGAAAGUGACAAAACGGAAGGGAUCUCGGGUCUCGCCACUGCUCCAGCGACUCCGGUCCAUCACAUCAGAGUGGGAGAAAGAGCGCGAUGCUCGUGGUCAAAGCAUGAAGCCAACAUCUUCCACUCGAAGGGCAGUGCUUCAGGAUUCAGAGGGCCCUUUGGAGGAACAUGAUGAUAGGGAUGUUCCAUCACUUUUUGAUCCGACGGCACUGACACAGGAUGACGAUGAUACAAUCCCCCCCACACAAGCAGAUGACGAGACACUUCCGCCGACGCAGGACAUGGAGACUGCAGAGAGUGAUAUGCCACUCUUGGAUGAAGGGCCAGGCUCCGACCCCACUCUGAUGACAGGAACAGAGGCGGGCAAUAUGGCACCGUUGGACGAGAUGACAUCGCACGACGCUGGUUCGUCAAAGAAAAAGCAGGGGAGAGGGGCGGCACGAAUGCCGCGUGGAUGGGGAAAAGAUCACAGGAUGCUUGUAUUCACAUCGCCGGAUGGUAAAAGCAUCGUCGGACCCGACGUAAACGAGUACAAGACAGCCAUUGGGGUCAUUGCACGCAACGGAGCUCGACUUCCUCUACAUUACCCCACGUUCGCUGAGAUACCGGAGACGAAGAGACAGGGUGCAUGGAUGGAGGUUCAGGUGACACACUUUCCUUGGUCAAGGUCUUCGUGACAUCCGCGUCAGUCCCGGACACACCCUUUAUUUUUCCGACCAUUUCUGGGGCGACUACCCUUCGCGAUGUCGUCGGCGAAGAUCCUAUUGAGUGGAGCUACAAGGACGUAAGGAUCUACUUUAAUACCUUUCUUGUAUUGCCUUCCGAAAUUUAUAAGAAGUAUGACUUAAAGUAAUCUCUGUGUUGGCAAUUGCAGCUCAUGCGCCGGGCUUGAAAUGUUGGUACCGAUACACCCAUGUUAAUUGCCCCGUUUUUCAUAUGGAUUGAAUGUCGAACCUGUCUUUGGAUGGAUUGUGUUGAGUUUUUGUUGAACUAUGUCUGGAAUUGAUGCGUAGACCUUUGUGGUUUGAAUUCGUAUGGUGAAAAAUGUGCCUAAUGGGAUUGAUGGAUAACCGUAUUUGCUUAUUGCGUUGUUUACUUGUGUUUGAACUGUUAAGCACGUUUUGCGGAACAGGUUGUUGAUGUGUAGAUACUAGUAGGCUUGUUCUAUGGGUUGCUUUACUUUGUUGGUAGGUAUGGAAUUCAGAUUUUAAUA